AUGAUGCGGACGGUGACCAGCAGCACGCUAAUGUUGGCUCUGGGUAUGGCGCUGUGGUGCCUCUCGGGCGUGGCCGCGCGGCCGCUGCCCGCGCUGACGCCCAACUCGAUCCAGGUGGUGACGAACACGAAGCGGUACUUCGACUACGAGAACAAGACGAUGCGGGGUGUGAACCUCGGCGGGUGGUUGGUGUUGGAGCCAUACAUCACGCCGUCGCUCUUCGAGCCUUUCCGUAAGAACCCAGACAACGACGACGGGAUCCCCGUGGACGAGUACAACCUCUGCAAGACGUUGGGGCGCGAGAAGGCGCACGAGCGGCUCAGCAAGCACUGGUCGACGUUCUACACCGAGAAGGACUUCCACGCGAUGAAGGCGGCAGGCUUGAACAUCGUGCGUGUGCCAAUUGGGUACUGGGCGUUCGAGCUUCUCGAGGACGACCCAUACGCUCAGGGACAGGAGGAGUACUUGGACAAGGCCAUUGAGUGGUCCCGCGCGGCGGGCUUGAAGGUGUGGGUUGACUUGCACGGUGCCCCUGGCUCGCAGAACGGGUUCGACAACUCUGGGAGACGCGACCAGAUCGAGUUCUUGAAGCCCCACAACUUAGAGCUGCUCCACAAGGUUCUUGAGCACACUUUGGGCAAGUACUCCCAGGACGAGUUCGCGGACGUGGUGAUUGGUGUAGAGGUGUUGAACGAGCCCCUAGGACCUGCCGUUGACAUCCAAGGCGUGCGCGACCUCUACUACUACGCCUACGACCUCAUGCGCAACAAGUUCAAGCGCGACCAGGUUGUUGUGAUCCACGAUGCGUUCAUGCCUUCGCAGUUCUGGAACUCCGACUUGACUCUGGACAAGGGCUACUGGGGCGUUGUUGUCGACCACCACCACUACCAGGUCUUCUCUCCCGGUGAGCUAGCGAGAUCGAUGGAUGACAAGGUGAAGACUGCGUGCGCCUGGGGCCACGACGUCAUUUCCGAAUCACACUGGCCAGUCUGCGGCGAGUGGUCUGCUGCGUUGGAUGACUGUGCGAAGUGGUUGAACGGUGUCGGCGUUGGUGCGCGCUGGGACGGCACCUUCAACAAGAACGGCGACAAGGCGCCAUACCAGGGCGACUGCCACCAGUUCUACGAGUCCUGGCCAGAGGAGAAGAAGAAGAACACCCGGCGCUACAUCGAGGCCCAGUUGGACGCCUACGAGUUGCGCGGCGGCUGGAUCUUCUGGUGCUGGAAGACCGAAACCUUGACCGAGUGGGACUUCCAGCGCUUGCUCGCCCAUGGCCUAAUGCCACAGCCUCUAGAGGACCGCAAAUACCCUAACCAGUGCCCCUUCUAA